UGACAGAAGAGACGGGGCGGGGCAGGGCAGGGUAGGGUAGGGCAGCGAAAGAAGACGGGACUUCAAGUGAAUAUAGAGAAGACAGAGGUGAUGAAGAUGCCAAACCAACAACAAGGACAACAACAACAAACUCCAAUCACCAUCAACGGGAGAAACGUAAAGGAAGUAACCUCCCUCACCUAUCUAGGCAGCACUGUUUCAACUACAGGCAGUGGCGGCGGCUGCAUAGACGAGGACGUCAAAUCAGGCAGGAUUGGAAAAGCGAGACAGGAUUUCAUUAGCCUGAAACCAGUGUGGAAAUCCUCUGCACUCAGCACAAGGCGUGAAGAAGAUCCGGAUUUUCAACACCAACAUCAGUCAAGUCAGUGCUUCUGUAUGGCUCAGAGACUUGGUGCGUUACGAAAGGCAUUUCCAAUAAACUACAGACAUUCAUCAAUAACUGCCAACACUCGUUACUAAAAAUCAGAUGGCGAGAAUAAUAAAAAUAAGCAAUAAGGAACUGUGGGAACGAACCAACCCAACCAAGAACCUAUCGCCCAACAAAUAUGCAGUGGAAGUAAGUGGAGAUGGAUUGAAUUGGGCAUCCACUGAGAAUGCCGACUGGGGACAUCAUGUGUCAGUCCAGGUGGUCGAGUGGAACCCAGAUGGGAAGCGACAAGU